AUGCCCGGUCCGCAAACAGUAGAAGAAAUGGCAAGCUGGUUAUUGGACGAUUCCACCCCCGAAUGCCUAGACGAUGGCAAUGAAGAUUCCUCACCCAAGAAGCGCCGAGCUAAUACACGCAAUAUCUCGAGUGUUCGCGAGGAUGGGCCAGCGAUCUCACCCCUGAAUCUACCUUCACCGUUCGAAACGCCGCCUAACCGACCUUUGAAAUACCCCCAGCAGUCGCGAGUGGCUAGAAUACCAUCCAAGAGCCCAGGAAAGGUACCCAGGCGGGCUGCCACUACUCGAGUCCGGAAGGAUCGAUCCCAAAGACGUGCAAGCACAAACCUGAAGCGGCAACUGUCACUUGAUCCAUUGAAGUUCCAUCCGACAAACAAUUUCAAGAUCCCAACAUCUGUACCGCUAGCUGCUGCGGAUAGAAAUAUCAGAAGCCGUGCUACAGAAGGAUCGAACAUCACGCCUACAGGAGAAGACUGUGCCAGUGGCGAAGCUAUCAGUGGAAAGCUCAUUGCCAUGCUAGCCGCGACUGAUGCCCUGAAGCCAACCCCACAACGGACCAACUCGUCAAGCUCAAGGCUUACCCGUAUGGUGCCAUCCAAAGUACUUGCCAAAGUUUCGAAUGCUUGGGAUCGAUUUCACCCGAAGACUUCGUCUCAAGAAAAAGGGCCGCUAUACAAGCUCGUCGUCGACGAUGGAGAAGGCACAGGACUGAAUAAACAUAAAGCUUAUCCUGCCCCUGAAUCGCCUGAUAAUAUGUCCCCAAUUAGUAACAUCGAAAUUCGCCUGAAUGAAGGAGAUAACCUCAACAAACGCAAAGUUCAGCGAAUUGUAGGGGGUCGGGUGAACAGAAAACCCUUGGCUGAUGAUGGAAAGUCUCUCAGAAUUGGCAAACCUCCUGAGGAUCCGUUCUCUGAACAGGAUGGUUGGCACACCCCGACAAGUUUCGAGCACCGGUUGAAAGCAGGUCCAGACGAGGAGGAAACACAACGUCUCGCCCUUCCCCACAGCCCGUUCGACUCUGAGAAGGAAUUCGACAGCAACGUUGAAGAUAGGUUCUUGAACAGUACACCAGUUGGAUCUUCAACGCCUCGCAUCAUCGUCGAGCGGACUUCUGCAUCGAGUGACGAGUACAGCUCUACGACUGAUAGCAUAAGUCCUUCCCAGAGGCGGCUUGCUGUAAAGUUGAACCAAACUCCGUUGCAGUUUGACAGAGGAAAUUUAUCCCCAAACGACCUUGACAGACCCCCUAUCAUUGACCCAAGCGAAGCGGCUUUGAUCGACUCUGUUAGUCAAGCUCGGCGGGCUUGGGAACGAUCAACCAGGGGUUUCGCUUCUUCCGGUAUUAAGAGGACCAAGAAGCAUCCAUCACCUAGCAAGGAGGUCCUGGAAGACUUAGAAAGGGAAUUACGACAAUACGCUCAUGAACAAGCCUCGGGAACUGGUAGGCACGAGCUUAACGAGUUAAAUGUAGGCUAUCUUGACGAGAGCCCUUUAAGGCCGCAAGAGAGGAAGAGGUUGAGCUUGACUCACCUUACGAUUACCAAUCUAGACGAGCUAGUGCAUCCAGUUUACGAUAGAGCGCGCCACCGGCGAGGUUCUUCAGCGUCGAUGCUCAAGUUUACAUCUCAGGGGAAAGCCAAGCUACACAAGGACAUACGUCUGGCAACAGCAUACCGUCCAGCAGGAUCUUCUCCACAUGACGUGGACGAGUUGCAGUGUUAG